GCCGGAGCGCGGCUGCUAGCAGGCGCAGUAAACUGACCUUCCUCACGGCCUCGUCGCUCGUCCUGCAGCCAGACGGGGACCUUGAAUGUGUCUGAGCAACAGAGCUAGCUUCUUUUCGUUUGUUUGACUGUGCCAUGGCCACCACGGUGGAGAUCCCCACCUACCAGGAGCUGAGUGUGGACGAGAUCAAUGUGUCCUCUGCCGUGCUGAAGGCUGCUGCUCACCACUUUGGCUCCCAAUGUGACAAACCAAACAAGGAGUUCAUGCUCUGCCGCUGGGAGGAGAAGGACCCCAGGAAGUGUCUGGAAGAAGGGAGGAAAGUCAACGCGUGUGCACUCAACUUCUUCAGGCAAAUCAAGGGGAACUGUGCUGAGUCCUUCACGGAGUACUGGACCUGUUUGGACUAUUCGAACUUGGCGGAACUGCGUCACUGUCGUAAGCAGCAGAAAGUCUUCGACGACUGUGUCCUUGACAAGCUGGGCUGGGAGAGACCUGAGCUGGGAGACUUGUCCAAGGUGACCAAGGUUUCAACCUCCCGGCCCCUCCCCGAGAACCCCUACCACUCUAGGCCACGUCCCGAGCCCAACCCAGCCAUCGACGGCAAACUGGAGCCCUCCAAAUAUGGCAGCAGGCUUUUCUUCUGGAACUGGUGAGGCAGAGGACAGAGCCAGUCAGCUCAGCCGGCUGCCAUGCCACGGGCCCUGUCCGGAAACAACCAUAUCCUGUCGACUCUCUACGCAGCUGAUAGUGCAUUGAUGAUUCCUUAAAAAGUUCAAAUCUCCCAGGUGCAAGCGCAUGCAAUAAGGCUGCAGUUCAACCUUAGCCUUGACUUCUAAAAAACAGGUUAUAGCACCAUUAUCUGUGUAAGGUCUGACAGGUUGAUUUUGGACAGGGCACGUGCCCUAAGGUGACCCCAGCUACUGUACACCCAGCGUCAUCACACUUGAUGGAAGGAUGGUUGUGUGAACAAAGUUCAUUAAUCCAUACAGCUUUCCUGACCCCUUAUGUAAAUGUAAUGAGUGAAGAAAUGCAAGACACUCUUAUGGUUGUUGUUAAUUAAUAAUAAAGGUAUAUAAAAAUACA